AUGACUAUCGUAACCCCCGUUGCUGUUUUCCUCCUCAUAGCUGUCGGCCUGUUGUAUGCUGUGAUCAGGUUCUGGCAAAACAGGCAUGCUCUGCCUCUGCCCCCAGGACCCAAGGGGAUCCCUAUACUGGGAAACGUCAACGACAUGCCCAAGCCAGGCAUGCUCGAGUGUCAUCACUGGUUGCAGCACAAAGAGCUAUACGGCCCCAUUUCCUCGGUGAAAGCUAUGGGCCAGACCAUUAUUAUCCUCAACGACCCUACCAUUGCUCUCGACCUCUUGCGCGACCGUUCUGCAAUCUACUCGUCACGCCCCAGCCUCGUCUUUGCCGGCGACAUGGUGGGUUGGCGCCAUGCCACUGUCAUGAUACCCUACAACGACGUUUGGAAAAUACACCGGAAGAAUAUCACAAAGAUUACGAAUACGAGUACAUCGCUUUCAGUGUUUGACCGCGUCCAGGAGGCCGAAGCCGCGCGGCUUCUGGUCAAUCUGUUGGAGUCGCCGGGUCGGCUGCUUGAGCAUGUUCGUAGGGAAGCUGGGAGCGUGAUUUUGAAAAUCACAUAUGGAUACAACGCUGUCCCACAUGGAAAGGAUCCACUGGUUGUUAUGGCGGAAAAGACUAUGGAGCAGUUUACUGAAGCUACUGUUCCCGGACGGUGGGCUGUUGACAUUUUCCCAUUCAUGCAAUACAUACCCGACUGGAUGCCCGGCACAGGCUUCAAACGCACAGCAAAGGAAAUGGCAAAACAGCUCGAUCAAUGCAUAGCCUGGCCCUACCAAUUCGUCAAGCAGCAAAUGAGAGAAAAGAGACAUACGCCAUCCUUCCUCUCUCAAAGCAUUGAAAGUGCAGAUAGCACCCCAGAAAUGGAAUUCUACCACAAAUGGGCAGCCCUCGCCCUCUAUCUCGGCGGCGCCGACACUACCGUCUCGGCAAUAUCAACAUUCUUCCUCGCGAUCCACCUCUUCCCUACAGUUCAAUCCAAAGCCCAACAGGAAAUCGACUCCUUAACCCAGGGCCUCCGUCUUCCCACCUUAGCCGACCUCCCAAAUCUCCCAUACAUCUCCGCCAUAGUCCAGGAAACACACCGCUGGCACCUCGUCGCUCCCAUGGGGAUCCCACAUACGAGCACGAGAGAAGAUGAGUAUAGAGGUUACCGUAUCCCCAAAGGCUCUGUAUUGCUAGCAAACAAUUGGGGUUUUAUGCAUGACCCGGCCGUGUACCGUGAUCCCAUGGCAUUUCGCCCAGAGCGCUUUAUAGCGACUGAGGGAAGAGACGCGGAACCAGAACCGCGCACGCAUGUGUUUGGAUACGGUAGAAGGAUAUGUCCUGGGAGACAAGUAGCAGAUCACGCCUUGUUCGUCACAAUCGCACAGACACUUGCUGUUUUCAACGUUUCUCCCAGUGUAGACUCCAACGGACGCGUGAAGCGGAGCGAAGUCAAAUUCGAGCCAGGCACAAUAAGUCGACCCGUACCCUUUGAAUGCCGCAUCACACCUCGAUCCGAUGCGCAUAUCGAGUUGAUCCAGGAGGCAGGGCAGAGAUUCGCAUAUGAAGAAAGCGAUGCUCAGGAACUCGAGAACGUGAAAUGGCAGUAG